AUGCACACUGCCGCCACCCUCUUGGCUCUGGCCUCCGCGGCCUCCGCCGCCAUCCAGGGCUUCAACUACGGCUCGACCUUCACUUCGGGAGCCGCCAAGCUGCAGGCCGACUUCGAGGCCGAGUUCACCACUGCUGCCAAUCUGGUGGGCACCUCUGGUUGGACUAGCGCUCGUCUGUACACCAUGGUACAAGGUGGAUCUGCAAGCGACCCGAUUGCUGCCAUUCCGGCUGCCAUCAAGACGAAGACAUCCCUACUCCUGGGCCUCUGGGCUUCGGGCGGCGACACGUCGUUCGCCAACGAAAUUCUGGCACUGAAGGCUGCCAUCGCGCAGUACGGAAACGAGAUGCAUGUUGACGGUAUCUCGGUUGGUUCCGAAGACCUGUACCGAAACAGUCCGAUGGGCAUCGCUGCCAAGUCCAACAUCGGUGCUGAACCAGAAACGAUCGCCCGCUACAUCAAGGAGGUGAAGGACACUAUCGCGGGAACUCCCCUGGAAGGAUCUCCCAUCGGUCACGUCGAUACCUGGACUGCCUGGGACAACUCUACCAACCAGAUCGUCGUCGACGCCUGCGACUGGAUCGGGAUGGACGCGUAUCCCUACUUUCAAGAUACAAUGCCCAACGCCAUCGGACAGAGCAAGUCUCUCUUUGCCGAAGCUCUCGCGAAGACGCAGGCUGCUAGCGGCGGCAAGGCGGUCUGGGUCACUGAGACUGGUCAGCCCGUGAGCGGUAAGACCGUUGGUCAAUCCGAGGCAACCGUUAGCAACGCUGAGGCGUACUGGAAGACCGUUGGCUGCCCCAUGUUUGGCCAGAGGAACGUGUGGUGGUACACCUUGCAGGACGCCUCUCCUGAUACCCCUAACCCCAGCUUCGGCAUCGUUGGCAGCACCCUCUCCACCACGCCGCUUUUCGAUCUCUCCUGCGAUGGUGUCGACACAGAGAGCUCGUCAUCGGCGGGUCCAUCCAGCAGCGCAUCAGCGACUGGUUCUGAUUCGAGCGCAUCGGCAACUGAGACUAGCACUGGCACCGACUCGGGUGCAGCACCUACCGAGACCAGCACUGGCACCGACACCGGCCUUGCUGGUGGCAGCCCGGGUGGAGUACCGAGCUCUCAGAUCUCCAUCCAGCAAUCUGCUACCGUGACGCCUCCUGCUAUCAGCUCCAACGAGCCUGGUAGUGGUUCAGGUUCAGGUACAGGUUCUUCUGGCUCUGGAACUGGCGUUGGUGGCGGCUCGAGUGCUAACGGUACUUUCACAGCUCCUCCUUCCGCUACGUCCAGCAUCACCCAGGGCGGCGCCCCAGCCCUCCAGUCCGGUGGUCUCGGUGCGGCUUUCCUGGCUCUGAUGGCCGCCAUCUUCGCCCUAUAA